CACUUUGAGUGGUCCAUGUUCUUUGUGUGUAACUGUGUAAGCAUGAUAAAAGGUGACACCAAAAUGGCGACAUUGGUCUUUUUAGUCUUUCUCUGCUUUUGUUCCGCUUAUGCUGUGGACAAGAUAUUCUUCGUGGACCAGAUCAAUUAUGGUAUCUACUACAGCGACAUACGACCUGGCGAACUCCUGACCAAUCAGUUCUACACACGGGCUCUCUUCGAACACAUCCGGCGACCCGGGGUCAUGACCUAUGACCCUAUGACAAACAUGGUGAUAUGGGGACAGAGGGACCCACAUAAGAUCGGCGGCGAUAUUUUGGACGGCGAGCCCUCUACGGUCACCAUCGUUCCGGGCGUCAAGCCUUUUUGUAUCGCCUUCAAUGAAGUAGAUCGGAGGAUCUACUGGUUCGGGGAGGUAUCCGGUCUACUGAAUUCUAUCCGAGUCGACGGAACCGGCAAGAUAAGACUGGCUACCUUGGCGGCACAAAUCUAUGGACUCAGCGUAGAUGGCGCAAACGGAUUUCUGUAUUUUGCUGAGGGCGAUCGGAUCGUGAGAAUGAAGGUGGAUGGUAGUGAAUCAACGGCCAUCGUCGAUACAAAUCUCGCCAAUGUGACAGCUUUUACAAGAAAUCCACAAGAUGGCCGGCUCUAUUGGAUCAACGGAUUUGGGAGUAUCGAAACAUACGACACAACGACGAAUGUUCGUAGUACCCUCGCCAAUAUAUCGACCCCGAUUGGACAUGUAGAACACAUAGUGGUAUACAACGGUACGUUCUAUUGGGCCGACAGUACUAGGGGCGGGAUAGGUCACAUCGAGCUGGGGAAUCCGACCAAUGUUGGCUUUGAGCAGAACAUCGUCGUGAGCGGGACGCAGCAGAGCCUAGCAGGAAUAAUGGACAUGAAAGUUUUCAUCGAUGUUGAUCCUUGCGUUUCCUCGCCUUGUGGUGAGGGCACCGUUUGCGUCAGCACCAUGUUUGCUUAUGAAUGUCAGGCGGCCACCACCCCUGCCACUGGGAAUAGCACUACCGAAGUCACAGACACCUCAACCAUGGGACCACCAGCUAACCCCUGUGAGGCCGAAGGUGACGCGUAUCCCUGCCAUGAGCUUUAUGGGGUCUGUGAGAACAUCGACGGAACCCCACUGUGUAGCUGCUAUGAUGGAUAUGACCUUGCUAAUGACGGGGUCACGUGUAUGGCUCAUUUAAACUGUUCCCAUUGUGAAAAUGGCGAGUGUGUUAUAAGCGACGCAGGCGCCAAAUGUGUCUGUGACUCCGGCUACAUGCAAGGGACUGGGGAACACACCUGUGAAGAUAUCAACGAAUGCGAAAGCGAAAGCUCCGUUUGCGACGUGGAGUAUGGCGAAUGUAAGAACACGGCCGGUGCAUACUACUGUAGCUGUAUUACAGGUUUCGUCACCGGUGGAAACGGACUCACGUGUCAAGUUGACUGUAGCCAGAACUCGUGCCAAAAUGGAGGUACCUGCGUGGACAAUCUGUGCUAUUGUCUAGAUGAUUUUGAAGGACUAUCAUGCGAAAUUGAGUAUAUGGACACCGCAACUGAUGAUCCAGAAGAAACUACAAACUUCGCUGACCACGAUGAACCUAUCGAAUGGAAGAUAGCAAGAAAAGUCAUAAUCAUUAUCACCGUGGUCACCCUCCUUAUCGUUAUCCUCAGUAUCGUCAUCGUUGUUAUCUGUUGCAGAUGCAAAAACGAUGACAAAGUCAAAGGAAAACCUAAUGCCUAAAUUUAAACAUGCGCUCGUUAGGAAGGCUUAUACUUCGUACUGUCGCACAGUGGGCCAGAGAGAAACUAAAGUGCGCCAAAAA